CCAGAUGUAAACAGGAAAUAAGUUCGUUAGAUAACUGGCUGACUUAUUCAUUGAGGGUGUUGAAUAACUGUUUUUAAAAUUUUUUAAGAGGUAAUGGAUGUUGUAAGAAAGCAUAGUUUGCAUAUUGAGAGAUCCUCCUUAACCAUUGAUAAUGACAGUUUUGCGUAGACACAUAACGUUGAUUUCUUAUUUAGCUUAGUAGCAAGCUAAGCGUUAUAUCGUGAAUGGAAGCUGCAGGCUAGCAUAUUGCAUCAAGUCGGUAGACAGGCAGCUCUAGCCGCAACCAGUCACAGUACACGUCCUCGUUUGUUGACGUUAGUUUAUAGCUAAUCGGUAACGUUAAGGCUUUGGUGAUGGAUGAAGAUUUCUUACUAGCUGUUCAGCUACAGGAGCAAUUCGACUGUGAGGCUUCCACGUCCUCAUCGGAUGUCGUCGAUUACAAUGUUGAUCCAGUUAGUAAGAAAAGGAAAGUCGAUUCCAGUGGCGACGUAAAGUUAGUUGCUUCAUACUAUUCUUCUUUCGAGCCUGAAAGGCCCAUGUCAAUCGUUGACGACUCAUGGGAGAUGCUUGACCCCAGUCCUGAUGUUCGAGCUAUGUUCCUGCAAUUUAACGAUAUGUUAUUUUGGGGGAAAUUAUGUGGUGUGGAAGUGAAGUGGAGCCCUCGAAUGACACUAUGUGCUGGAGUGUGUUCUUAUGAAGGACGUGGCGGACUGUGCUCAAUUCGUCUCAGUGAACCUCUGUUGAAACUCCGACCACGACGGGAUCUGGUGCAGACACUUCUACAUGAAAUGAUACACGCGUUGCUGUUUGUGACUCAAAACAACCGGGAUCGGGAUGGACACGGGCCAGAGUUCUGUAAGCACAUGGACAGAAUUAACAACUCCACAGGGACAAAAAUUACGGUCUACCACACUUUUCACGACGAGGUGGACCUGUACCGUCAGCACUGGUGGCGGUGUAGCGGGCCAUGUCAGACUCGGAAGCCCUUCUUCGGCUAUGUGAAGCGUGCUAUGAACCGGGCUCCCUCUGCCCGGGACCCCUGGUGGGCGGAACACCAGCGCAGCUGUGGGGGGACGUACGUCAAGAUCAAAGAGCCAGAGGAUUAUGGGAAGAAAGGCAAGAAAGGUGCUAAGGACACGGACACAAAGACCCUGAGCAAACCCCAGGAGAAGAGCAAGCCCUCUGCCACCACAGAUAAAUCUGUUUCACAGGACAUUAGGAAUAUCAUCCCAUUCAGUGGCAAAGGCUUCCUCCUUGGAGGGAGCUCUCAGGCCUCCUCCUCUCAAAAACCACCUGACAAUAGUCAGAAAAAACUCAAUUUCUCAGGCUCCCCUGAGCCACUAGGGCCCCCGUCAGGGCAAGUUUCAGCCAAAGCCAUCAACUCCCCAGGAAAACCCGGACAUGGCAGCCCUCACAGGACUGCUCUCCCAGGCACUAUGACUUCCACCUCAAGGGGACCCCAGAGUGGCUUCCCAGGCACGCGUCCUCCAAGUAAAAAGUCAGUUGCUAACAUUAGGGCUUUCGUCAACAUCAACGGGUCUCCGGUGAGGAUUUCAAAGACUACGGGUCCUUUGUCAAAGCCAUUAGGUAAUUCUCCAGAUUCUACGAACGCAACCCAGCGGUCUGUACGCGACCUCUUCCACGCCAAAGUACUCACUUCUCCUAAUGGGGCAGGAAUGAGUGCUAGCACGUCAAGUGCCUCCAAACCAGCGACAGGGAUCAAAGGGCCAUCCUAUGAUGUCAGUAGGGAAAGAGCCCUGGAGAAUGGCUGGAACUGGCAGGCCACUGGACAACCAGGGAAGAGUGGGAAUACUCAGGGCCACGGUCAGUCAGGAAGCUCUGGAGACUCAAAGCCUGGGCAGUUAAACCCACGUAACUCUCAUCAGCCCAAACCCGCCGUGAAAGCAGGCGCUGCCCUUCCGGUUUCCAGGAAGAGGUCAUGGGACGGCCGGAGCACGGCCCACAUCUUCGACUUCUUCCGGCGGACAAUAAGUGAGUCAUCACCUCCGAAGGGCAUGAGGGAGGGCGUCUCUCAGACACCCCCCGCCCCCCCUGUUCACCCCCCCGCCCCUGUCCAAAGCACAAGCCUCACUGUGAGCUGCCCUGUCUGCCAGGUCUCUCUGCCUGAGUCUAAAAUCAAUGAGCAUUUAGACUCCUGCCUCGCAUGAUGAAGGCUGAGAUGAGGAGCGUUCGAUCUGUGGCAUUUGCACAGUAUCUCUGGUUAGAAUGUUUUAAUUGCUAUUAUGUAGCUGUCAGCUAUUAAACAUAUUGAUUUUAGAUGUGACAAAUAAAGGAUUCUUAGAGGUUUUUUGGUAGUGUAGUUCUUAAGGUUAUUUGAAGCAUUUGGGUAAGGUGCUUUUCAGUAUAGGGUCAUUUUAAGCAUUUCAGCACUUAUGUAGUUGCUAUUUGGAAAUAUAGUUUGCUAUUUGGUCUUACAGAUGUAUCCAAAAUGAUUUUUCCAGAUGUGGGUCCUGUUGACAUUAGAUAUACCUCACAAAAUGUGGGAUCUAAAUAUAUGCCAGAUUUACUUUAAAUUCUAAGCAAUAAGUUACUGGGGUCUUUUUUAUUUUUAUAUAAAAAUGGCCAAGAUACCUAAGAAGUGCUGCUUAUAUGUAAACUAUGUAAAGUAGUUGAUUUACUAAGGUCUAAUGUAUGCUGAUAUCACACUCUUUCAUUAUCUGCACUAAUGAAAGACUUGUGCCUUCUUGUACAUAAUGAUAUGCAAGCAUAACUAUUACUUCAGAUUGUUCAAGGGCAUAAAGUAAUGGAGGCGUUAAAUCUUCACUCAGGACAGAAAUGGAUACCUCAUAAUCAGUAAGCCUGGCGCAUUUCUCGAUGCCACUUGAUGUGACCGUGACUUUGGGCUAUGAGACGACCUUGUUGUCAUUAUGCACAGCAGGCGGUUUGUAGAAUCUGUCUUUGUGCUUUUCUGGCUUGGGGAAAUGUCUUCAUACUGAGCAGACGGUAUUCUAUUUCGCAUGUGCUUCCUGUUGGCCAUUGUGGCCUCAGAUGCGCUCAUGUGCAGGUUUACAAGGGCAUUUUAUGCUUCGCAUAAAUGAUCACUUGAAUAGCUGGACUGAGUAUUGCUGCUUACUAUUUGGAAGAAUCAUUUCUUCGCAAUCAAGCAUACAAACCUGUGUUUUCUGAAAGAUGGGAAAUUCAUUCUGGAUUUAAUCAAAGAUUAAAGGUUGCUUCUUAAAUCGUUUAAAUUGCUUCCUAAGGUUUGUUUCCGCAAUUAAUACAUUUUAUCAGGCAUUUUACCACUGGUAUUUCUCAACAAUAUUUUACAACACUAUUGUUGCGAAUUUUGCAACAUUUUGUGUUUUUGAUGUCUUUUACAUUUUACCAGUUUGUUCCUUUUAAUGUUGAUAUAUAAAAUAAAAUUUCACUUGCUUUUCAUGUUUGUUCAAAUGAUAUAAUAAAUAUGCACAUUUUCUCUGUUGAUUUUAA